CCGUGCGUUCAGUCAACGCAGGAGCCCUCCAGUCUUUGAAUUUUUUUCUGUCUGGUCCUCAAGGUUGUUGCUGCUGAGUCUUAACUCUUGAGGUCGAAAUAAUUCCAGAGGUUUCGGAGGUCCAUCUUAGACUGGAAGGUGUUUUGGAAGGAGUGUCGAUUGAAUGUAGGCAGUGCCACCAUGAGUGCCAAAGGAUUUUGCAGGGUGCUUGUUUGGGUAGGACUCCUUCUCGGGGUGAGCUCCAACUUCACAGACGUCGCCGUGCCCUACUCUCCAAGGGCAUGGUUUUCGAGCGGCUUUCCACUGUCACCGCUCACGUUGGUCAGGUUCCUGAAUGGCAAAUGCGACGCGGGUAACGGUCAGUUCGGGACGUGUAUGGCCAAGUUUGAGUGCUUCAAGAAAGGCGGAAGCGGCUAUGGGAUCUGCGGUCAAGGCUUCGGCGUCUGCUGUGUUAUCACGGCCAUAGAAAACGGAGUCGCAUACGGGAACAACACGCGGAUAUACAGGAGCAACUUCAACGAAGGAGUCCACAUCACCUACACCAUCUUGCGAAUGAACAAACACGUCCGCCAGUUUAGAUUGGACGUGAAGCAACUGUAUAUGUAUGAAGUCGAAACUAAUGGACUCUGCGCGCAUGAUUACAUGCUCGUCAAUCAAGACACAAAAUUUGAAAAGGUCUGUGGGCUGAGCAAAGACAUCCACUACUACAUAGACGUGACGGAUACCUUUGUGAUCUUCACCUUCCACACCGACCCAAGUAAAUCAUUUACCAGGAAUUGGGAGAUUUACGUGUCUCAACACACGAGUGACACGUCUGCACCCUCAGGUUGUGGCCAAUGGUACAGGGACCUAAGUGGAAAGAUCGGCAUAUGGAACAACGUGGACCCAUCAUCCACUCAAUGGUACUACAUCGAUAAGCAGGACUACGCUAUCUGUCUAAGAUACGAAGCUGGGUACUGCAGCUUCACCUACUUCGAAACUAUAGCAUUCAGGCCCAAAUGCAGCGACUAUUUUGAGCGACCUGGAAAUCCACCGAGUUUGAAACCCGCCUGUACGACCAUACCCCCUUCUGCGUCUCAACAAUACACGGUAACGGGAGGCCUUCAGUAUUUCCUCGUCCAAUUCGAGGACCCUUCAAACCAACAUCUUGGCUCCACUUCAAAUCCCUACCGAAAUCCAAACAUCUUCUUCUCUCAGAAUCACCUUCAAAGGGAGCCCAGGUUUCAACAAAAGGAGCUUCGUGUUCCUAGAGAGAAUCCAGUGCCCCAAGGAACUACAAACGCCCUAAAAGAGACUAGCUCUAACAAAGAGAAUUUAGGUCCAUCACAGAGUCAAAGACGCCCAAAGGAGUUCCAAGUCGCCAGGAGAAAGGCCAGGUUCCCUAAGGAGAGCAUCCAGCAAAGUCAUGGUCUCCAGUGUGAGUACAGGUCACUAAGAGAGUUCAGAGGCUCCAAAGUGCCAAUGUUACACAGGAAGAGUUUAGGACCUCCCAAGAGAGCCAAAGGAGUGCCCAGGUCCCCUAAGGAUAGUCCAUGGUGUUUAAUGUUAGAGAAGCUGAAUCACGAGAGGAGUAACAACUGCUGCUGGAGACGUCCCAGUUAUACUUAUGACCGGACAGUUCAAAAACCUCUGCACGCGAAACCAGAGGAACCCGAAGGGUUGCUGUGUGGCUUACUUUUUGGAGGGCGUUCCAAAUCCCACGCUAUUUGGUCUGAGGAGCGCCUCCCGAGCAGCUGUCUCUUCGCAGCCUCUCUUUGGAAGGAAUCAGACCAACACUAUUUAUUGUUUGUCCUUCCUUAUUUAAGGAACGAGGAGGCAAAGAAAAUACUCUGA